AUAUCCCGCCUUACUCUGCCUUACUCUACAUCUGAUUGGCUUACCCUGAUAUUUGUACCUUAACUCUAACCAAUCGCACUCAUUGUGCCUAAACCUAUCCAAUCCCACCAACGCAGGCAACGAGCACUCAGAGGUGGGUCAUGCCGUCGCCAUCCUUGGAAAACCCAAAUUUGCGGCACAUAGUUUUAUAAUGGCUCGAAUGAGGGCUUUACGUUGCUGAGCCCCUGCUGACAGCCUUCACUCAGGUUGACAGAGAAACACAGUUUAACUGGACUAGGAAGGCAUGCUGCCUUUAGUUGGGGCUGAGUUGACACCAGUGCAGCUCUAUCGACAUCUCCUCAGAUGUUGCAGGCAGUUACCAACCCCAGCAAUGCAGCAGCAUUAUCGACAUGCCAUAAGACAGGGUUACAUCAGUCACUCCGACGAAGACGACCAAGAGAGGAUACAAAUGAUAAUCCAAAGAGCUAUUGCAGAUGCAGACUGGAUUCUAAAUAAAUAUACCAAGAAGAAGUGAAGUGGUGGAUGUAUUGUUUCUGUAUCUGAGUUUUGAGUGCUCAUUGUGUUAUUUGUCCUCGUUAUUGUGGAGAUGGGAACAGCCAUGAUGAAGCGACAUCUGAUUGUUAGGACUGUACUGUAUGAAAUGACUUCUCAGUUGAAUAUAAUAUUCACUAUCUAUAAAAAGUGUAUAUACUGUUUUUAGAUUGAAAUGAGUUUAUAUAGAGAAUUCAAUACAUUUCAAUAAAUUAUUCUCAAUAUUUAUAGUUUUGUCUUAACAGUGUUAAUAUACUUAACUCGCAAUAAAAGUGGAAUUUUAGACAUGAA